AAUCACGCGCGCACUGCGCACCGAUGCGCACAAUAAAAACUCCCGACCUAGAAAGCCCUCUUCUCUCUCCUGCGCCCCUUCCUUCCCUCUAUUUUUCUACUGGGAUCGGACCUUCAGUUGAAAGGGCGCUCUGCAACGGACGGCAAAAGGAAUUCCCUCGCAGAGUUUUCUCAAUUAGGGAAAAACCAUGUUGAUAUUUUGCCACAACCUUUAAAGGAUCAUAACACAAGCUUGACAUCCCAGGUAUGACGGGUAGCAAUAUCGAUUCAAGCACAACAAACGAGGUUUUAAAUGGUGGAGCCCAUCUUAAGCGGGAAAAUGAUUUUGAUGGUGAUGAUUUGGUUCCGAAGAAGUCUAGAAUUAGUACCUUGAAUGCUGAAAAUGUGGAGAAGGUUGGGGAAAAUCUUGACAACCAUAUACAUGAAAGUACACCAAUUUUGACCGAAACAAAUUGUCAAAAUGGAACCAAUAUUGAAUUGGAUGUUUCAAAGGACAACCAGAUAUGCGAGGAUAGUAUUUCGCUCGAAGAUGAAAUUUCCAUCGAAGCAGAUGCAGCAGAAGAUAAGGGUUCCAGACACACCAUGGAGGAUGCAUGGGUUGUUCUUCCGGAUGCAAGCAUGGAAUUUCCUGGGAAAUUGAGAUGUGCACAUUUUGCAAUUUAUGAUGGGCAUGGAGGUCGCUUGGCUGCUGACUAUGCACGGAAUCAUUUACAUGCAAAUGUUCUCUCGGCAGGGUUACCACGUGAGUUGAUGGAUGUCAAGGCUGCCAAGAAAGCAAUUCUUGAAGGUUUUCGAAAAACUGAUGAGUUGUUACUUCAAGAAAGUACUGCAGGGGGGUGGCAAGAUGGUGCUACAGCUGUGUGUGUUUGGAUUUUGGGGCAAACAGUUUAUGCAAUGGGUUGCUUUGUACGUUGUGGGACAGUUCAAUCAUCAAAAUGGACUUAUUUUAGCCCACUCUUGGUGUUAGUUGCUAAUGUUGGAGAUGCAAAAGCGGUAUUGGCUAGAUCAUCCACUGUCAAUGGAGAUGGAACAAAUUGCCAAUUGAAGUCCAUUGUCAUUACAAGAGAGCACAAAGCUAUCUAUCCGCAAGAACGUGCUCGCAUUCAGAAGGCUGGUGGUUCUGUGGGCUCCAAUGGACGAUUGCAAGGACGCCUUGAGGUUUCUAGGGCCUUUGGUGAUCGCCAAUUUAAGAAGGUGGGAGUUAUUGCAACCCCAGAUAUUCAUUCUUUUGAUCUUACCGAAAGAGAGCAGUUCAUCAUUCUUGGUUGCGAUGGCCUGUGGGGUGUUUUUGGACCAAGUGAUGCCAUUGAAUUUGUCGACAAGCAGUUGAAGGAUGGAUCAUCUGCUACUGCUGUGAGCCGACGUCUUGUAAGGGAAGCUGUUCGUGAGCGGCGCUGCAAGGAUAACUGCACCGCCAUAGUCAUUGUUUUCAGGCGCACAUGACUGGUGUAUAGAAAUGUGAAUGCGAUUUGCAUGAGAACAGAUGCAGAGGCUAUAUGUGGUGCACAUGCUGACCUGGCAUCCUCAUAUGGGAUCCCAGCAUUCAUCAGGUGGGACCCUGCUGUGAUAAAUUCCAUGGCAGAAAGAUCAGAUGCUUGCCCACUCAAGUGGGCCACACAAUGAAAGAAAUGGACUGUUAGAAAAAGAUAAUCAACAGUCUAGAUUCCUACCUGAUGUGUGGACCAUUCUGACUUUUGGGCCAGGCAUUUUCGUGUUGGCCCCUCGACUGAAUUGCGUGGAUCUUGCUUGCGCAAGAACCAGGUAGGCACGUGGGCUGCAUUGCCUCGUCAAUCAGUUCAUAUGCAAAUUGCCUUAGCAUUUCUCCACAGUUACAUACACAAUCAGCAUCUUAACAAGAUGACUUUGGCGCUUGUUAUUUUUUGACUAGAUAAGACUCUCGAUUCAUCACAUGAACUGAAGAUGCAUUGGCGGAGCAUUACAGAUGGAUGUGUGUGUGUUUUUGAAACGAGAUUGUAUUGAUGUAUGGAUUUUCUGAUAUAAGCUGUUUUUUUUUCUUAUAAUUCUGUGUUUUUUGUU